UGAAGAAAAGAAAAUUAAUGUCAGAAGCUCAUCGUCUCUAAAUUAACGCCACACAGAGUACGUACGGAGAGCGAGAGAUUCCACCAUCACACUUUGGCACCCCAGAUAAUAUCAGCCACAUUCUAACGACUUUGCCAUCUCAGUACCUUAGAGGCCUUCGGGCCUUGAUGACCGUCUCCGGAUUAAAAGAAAGAAGAAAAAAAAAGCAUUUAUGUGUGAAAAGUUUCAAGGAAAAAAGAAAAUUUCCCCCUUCCUUUUGUAUUCUUUAUGAAGGAAAAUUUAUGUGAGAAAUUUGAUUUUUGCGAAAAAUUAAAAACGUUCUAUAGAUAUAGGAAGAAAUAAAGUGCCAAAGGGAGCCCCUUCGGGGUGCCUCGGAGUCCAACACAAAGACAGAAAGAAACACACAGGAAGAGGCAGAAAAGAGGAUCCCUUUUAUUCUUCUCCCAAAGGAUUAAUUAAGUGAAUUUUUUCCCCUCAAGAGAGAUCGCAGAAUCCGGCGAGAGUAAGAAAAAUCCCAACACAUAGAAAUGGAACAAUUUGAGCAACUUCUCACGUGCUGCGUGUGCCUGGAUCGAUAUAGAAAUCCCAAACUCCUGCCAUGUCAGCACAGCUUCUGCAUGGAGCCCUGUAUGGAGGGGCUCGUGGACUACGUGAGGCGUCAGGUGAAAUGCCCGGAAUGUCGAGCAGAGCACCGAAUACCCUAUCAGGGUGUUCAGGCAUUUCCCACCAAUGUCACCCUUCAGCGUUUCCUGGAGCUUCACAUUGAGAUCACGGGAGAGCUUCCGGAUCCCACAUCAGGACAAGUUAUGGAGAGAUGCAACGUGUGCUCGGAGAAGGCAUACUGUGCCCCCUGUGCGCAUUGCGACAAGAAGAUCUGUGAAGAUUGCAAGAGUGCCCACAUGGAUAUCCUCCGGAGGGAAAUUCUCAGAAUAAAUAGCCAGGUUCGUCGUGGUAUCAACAGACUCCAAGAUGCUCUGUCCAUUGUGGAGAAAAAUACAUUGAGCCUCCAGUCAAAUUGCGUUAGUGUCUCGGAGGAGGUGGAUGAGAUCUAUAGGCGUCUCAAUAAGGCCCUAAAAGAUCGCUCUGAUCACCUCCGGACGGAAAUUGAUCGAUACUUGAGCACAGAGCUGAGGAACUUGACGAAUCUCAAGGAGAAUCUGGACAUGGAGAUUGGGAAUAUUCAAAGUAAUUGCGAUCUAGCUGAUAAGUACAUCACGGAGUCCGUGGAAUGGGAUGAUAGUGAGCUAAUGGACACAAAGGAGAUCUUCCUGAAGACUGUGGAAUUCCUGAGGAAUUUUGAGUAUGAGAACGCCGACUAUAGUCGUCGCGUGCGCUUCAUAAUGGCCAUUGAUCCCAACCAGUUGGUCAUCAAUGUGUCCACUUUUGGGGAUUUGAACAUCUUCCAGCCAGCCACAUCGAGUCCCAGCGGGAUGCUGCAACCACCGAAUGCGGGUCCGGGAUUGAUGCGAAGUAAAUCCGAUCAUCGUCUCGCCACGCAAUUCCGGCAGCAGGAGGAGCAACGUGGCCAUGGGUAUGACGAUGAGCCACCACUGAGUGGCCGGAAGUUCGGUGAACGUCCACCUGGUCGCAAUGCCGAUCGCUAUGGGGAUCGCUACGGGCGUGACUACGGUGGUGACUAUGAGUACGAUGAACCAUCCUCACGUCCGGGGAAAUCUCGCUUCCGCUCACGCUUCGUACGCAGCCAUCAGGGUGACAAUGAUUCAGACACAGAACCCAGCCGAAGUGUACGUUUCCACGAGAAGGAGAAGGAAAAGGAGCGUGAUCGUGUCAUCGACACCGAGGACGUUGCACGUGGUCAACUGAGUGGCAUCAUCCGCCUCACAGACUCACCGCGUGUCAUGAAGCGCAUUCAGGAGCAGAGUCGGGGGAAGAAGGAGCCCACAGUGGUGGCACCCGUUGCCGUAGGGCAGCCAAAAAACCCAGUAGCUGUGAAGAAGACACCAGCAGCGCGUCAGAUGUCUGAGGAUGAAAUUUCGCAGAUAAAGCGACAAAAUAAGGAUACAGCGGCAUCCGGAGCAACAGCCACGGAACCCGAACGUCCCGCUUCGGAACGUGUGAUGGCACUCAAGAGGACAACGGGUGCUGGAACGGCAUCCGAUGACAGCGAUAGCUCAAGGAAUUCAUCGGCGCGUAAGACGCCUCCGCAGGUUGAGUCGACAACAAACUCCAGCACCCCCAAGGCGGCAACACCCAAGAAGACCACCCGAUCUGCCAGUAGUGACUCCAGCACAUCAACAGAUAGUAGCAGUAGUGCCCCAGCACGGAAUACAGGGGCUGCCUUUACAACGGAAGAAGUGAAACAGAAGUAUCUGCAGCGAAGUAGUAUUGAUGCCACAGCUGAUGCAGCAACACCAACACCACCACCAAGACCACGUCCCACGGAAACAACAUCAAGUCCAUCUGCUGCUGCCACAACAACAACAACGGAAAAGAAGCCCUUUCAGAGUCGCUUCCUCCCCAACCAUCAGUCUCCAAAGCCCAAAGAGGAGUCCGAGUCCAGUACAGAAGAAGAAACCAGCACAGAAGAGGAGACAGAGGAGGAGGAGGAAGAAGAAGAGGAAGUAAAACCAUCCGCGGCUGCAGCUGCUCCCGUUGUACGGACUCCACCGCGUGAUUCUGCCAUGAAGACCGACAUAGGGCCCCUUCUCACGAGAAGCUCUCAAGCUAGGGAUACAGCUGAAUCGCGUCGGACACGCGACGAGCCAAAAAGCUACACAAGCACAAGCAAUAGCUACAGAAACUACGAAAGGGAUACAAGUCCAAAGUAUGGAAGUUCCACAAGUGGAUCAGGUGUGAGAUCGAGAGCAAGUGCAGCUCAUGUGGAGCCAGAAGAUCACGGAAGGUACGGCAGUGGUGCCUCCAGUGGAAGCAGCUACACAAGCCGCUUUCUAAACAAGAGCAAAAGCACAGCCGUUGUGCCGCCGGAUGAGGAGCGUGGUGAUCUAAGUACAGCUGAGGAUUCGGACAGUCGCUACGGGAGUGGACGCAGUCGCUAUUUGGCACUGAAGGAGCGUCGUAAUCGCCUGGCGAGGAGUCGAUCAUCGCACAAUUUUGGCAAUGAUGACGACGAACUUGAUGAGCCGCUUUCACCAACAACGGCAUCCCCAUCUGCUUAUCUCGCUUCCAGAUAUGGAGCAUCCUCAUCACUGGCAUCCCAGCCAACUGAUUUGUCCCGAAGUCGUUCAUCGCAUGCCCUGAAGUCACGAGAAAAUUCUCCAGACAGGAGUACUGGAGGUGACAAAGACGGUGCAGCCCUGAGUUCUUGGGCACGCUACCUCAAGAAUAAAUACGGGAAUCGCUCAACAGGCAAGGAAACCCGUGAUCCCGGCCCUUCGUCCACAUCAAGUGUGGGUUCAUCGUCAGCAUCGCGACGCCUCAGCUUGGGGUUGCCGCUGCGUCAGGCCAACGAACUGGCCAGUUCGGAUGAUGACUCAAAAAACGGGCUAGGCUCCCCUACCUCUCCUACGGUGGCAGCAGUCGGUAUAACAGGAGCGGCAGGUAUGUCCCCUAGGACGCAGUACCUGCAGAAACGCCGACAGCUCUUCCAAUUGGGAGGCCGGGGGAGCGAACCCGGAUGUUUUACAUGGCCACGCGGUAUUGCCGUCAGUCCCGACAAUAAUAUCGUCGUGGCCGACUCCUCGAAUCAUCGUGUACAGAUUUUCGAUGCAAAUGGGAUCUUUAUGAAGGAAUUCGGGGAAUAUGGCAAUGCUGAGGGUGAAUUCGAUUGCCUAGCUGGUGUGGCGGUCAAUCGAAUUGGGCAGUACAUCAUUGCCGAUCGUUACAAUCAUCGUAUUCAAGUACUCGAUCCCGCCGGGCGCUUCCUACGUGCCUUUGGUAGCCAGGGAACGGCUGAUGGGAAAUUCAAUUAUCCCUGGGGCGUCACCACAGAUGCCCUUGGCUUCAUCUAUGUGUGCGACAAGGAGAAUCACAGAGUUCAGGUUUUCCAAUCUGAUGGCACUUUUGUGGGCAAAUUCGGAACAUGUGGCAGCAAAGAGGGUCAACUGGAGCAUCCCCACUACAUUGCUGUAUCCAAUACCAACCGUGUGAUUGUCUCAGACUCCAAUAAUCAUCGAAUUCAAAUUUUUGACGUUAACGGACGCGUUCUGUCCGCAUUUGGCAGUGAAGGCUGCGAAGAGGGACAAUUCAAAUUCCCCAGGGGUGUUGCCGUUGACGAUCAGGGAUACAUCUGUGUGGCAGAUUCGGGAAACAAUCGCAUUCAGAUCUUCACACCGGACGGAAGUUUUCUGCGUGCCUUCGGUUCCUGGGGAUCGGCUGAUUCGGAAUUUAAGGGACUCGAGGGUGUUGCCAUAAUGUCCAAUGGGAAUAUUCUGGUGUGCGAUCGUGAAAAUCACCGUGUCCAGGUGUUUUAGAUACUCACCACAAGAGAGAUCCCAUUUUUAAUCCACAUUUUCAUUUAAUUCAAGAGGAUCCUUCCCCUUGCAGCAAAACAUUACUAAUCCCCCCAAAAACCUUUAAAUUAUUUGAUUUUCGCGUGUGUUUAAACAACUCAUCUCUUUUUCAUUUAUAUUCUAUGAAGAAUUCUCAAUAAAAAAGAAAGAAAUAUUUUAGCUCAUAACGAAGAAAAUUUUUGCAAAGAGAACAAUCAAUUUCUUGAAUGAAAAAAAAUUUGAUUUGUUAUCUCGAUCGCAAAUUUAAGAGAAAAUGUUAUAAUUUAUUGUUGAAAAAAAUGAAUCCUACAUCAAUUUGUAUAAUUUCUUUGUAAUAAAUCAUUUUUAUCAAGUAAAAAACAAACAAA